AUGGUCACUUUGUGGAAAAUCAUUAGGGCGUUUAGGAAAGCCGAUGCAUAUGGGAAAAUAAGAGGAAAGGGACUCGGAUUUCUGGCCGAAGCCAUAGAUCUUUUUUGGAGUCAGAAAGUUAGCACCCCAAAAGUUCUACCCUGGACGUCCAGAUACGGUUGCCGGUUCUAUAUCUCAAUCCGUUACGGUAACCGAGCGGUGGAGAGAAGGGAAUUCAUCGAUCCUUUUUCAGGGAAAGCGGGAGGGGGAAGAUGGCUUACUAGACAGGGACGAGUUGGCUUAACCGUGGAAGGGGAGGCAGAGGAUAGUAACCUGCCUUGUUGUAGGAGAAACCGCGUAUACCUUUGUCUACAAGCUUUGGCCUAUAACCCUACGGUCCCUGGCGCCCUGCCUUGUAGAAUCAAAUUCACCUGGAGCAGGCUGCGAAGUCGAGAUCGGACGAGAAGAGCAGGUAGUGGACCGGAUCUCGUAGGGAAUCCCAUCUGUCGUGAAGAGGAGAGGAAGGCAUCAAAAGAGCAUGCGGGUCUCGUCACUACUCCACUUCCAUCCAAUAUCCUAACGACCGCUUCGGAUCCUGCUCCUCUGCAAUUUCUGGCCCCAUAUUCUGGCUGUGCCAUGGGAGAAUAUUUCCGUGAUAAUGGAAUGCACGCAUUAAUAAUCUAUGAUGAUCUUAGUAAACAGGCCGUCGCUUAUCGACAAAUGUCUCUUCUAUUACGAAGACCACCUGGUCGUGAAGCUUAUCCAGGAGAUGUUUUUUAUUUGCAUUCACGUCUCUUAGAAAGAGCAGCUAAACGAUCGGACCAGACAGGUGCAGGGAGCUUGACCGCCUUACCAGUCAUUGAAACACAAGCUGGAGACGUAUCGGCUUAUAUUCCUACAAAUGUAAUUUCCAUUACUGAUGGACAAAUCUGUUUAGAAACAGAACUCUUUUAUCGCGGAAUUAGACCUGCUAUUAACGUCGGCUUAUCUGUCAGUCGCGUCGGGUCUGCUGCUCAGUUAAAAGCUAUGAAAAAAGUAUGCGGAAGUUUAAAACUAGAAUUGGCACAAUAUCGAGAAGUCGCUGCCUUUGCUCAAUUUGGAUCAGACCUUGAUCCUGCAACUCAAGCAUUACUCAAUAGAGGAGCAAGGCUCACAGAAGUACUAAAACAACCACAAUAUACACCACUACCAAUUGAAAAAGAAAUUCUAGUCAUUUAUGCUGCUGUCAAUGGAUUCUGUGAUCGAAUGCCACUAGACAGAAUUACUCAAUAUGAAAGAAUCAUUACAAAUAGUAUCAAACCAGAAUUACUAGAAGAACUCAAAAGUGGGUUAACUGACGAAAAAAAGAGAACUAGAUACCUUUCUACAAGAAAGUGCGUUGACUUUAAUAUAAUAUGA